UUGACGAUAGGGUUUUUAUUUCGUGUAUUCCGCGAUCAAGCCAGAAGAAGGACUGAAAUGUCAGAUAUUCGACGGGUAUCCACGAACGUGUGUAAUGUCAGCGACAAGUGACGCAUCUGCGCUUCCCGCGGCGCGAACUUCACGCGAAACGAUGCCAAGAGGAUAAAUUAUGCCUCGAAAAGAGAACACCAAAGCAAAAACAUGGGAGCGAGACAGAAGAAAACGUAUGAACACAUACUUCAAAACGCUAGCAGAUCUUUUGCCACCGCAUCAGGAGGGUCGCAAACGCAACAAGGUCGACAUCCUGAUCCAUGCCUCAAAGUACAUCAAAGACCUCCAUAGCCGUACAGAGGAGUUAUUUUCAGCUCAUGCAUCAGAAGCACACAAGGAAGAAUUGGCUCGUCUAAAAAAACUGGUAACUCAGCUCUUCUCUCGUACACAAUUAUUAUCUACUCUUCUGCGAGAGGCUGGUAUCUCUGUACCAGCAGAGCCAGCCCUUGAAAAGAUAUCUCCUUUGAAAUGGUCAAAUAAAAUUAAUGUGGAGGAUGCAGAGAAGUAUUUUAGCAAAUUAGAAGAAAUAAAAAGUUCUGAGAGCAAGAGGGAAAAAUCUGUGGAACUCAAAGUGCCUUCUAAAAGGAAAUCAGUUACUUCUUCUCAUUCAUCUAACAAAAAGUUGGCAGAGAAUAGUGAUAAUUCUAAGGAUGUGAAUAGUUCCAUAGAAAAUCAGGAGAAUCAGGUGAAUUGUGCAAAUAGCAAAGAUGAGAAUUCAGAUAGCACAGGCAAUGCAUCAGAGACGGGAUCCAAAGAACCAGAAUGCUGCCAAACAAACACAAGUUCUGAUGUAGCAGUCACUACAAUAAAUGGCAAAACAAAUAGUGCAUUACAGAAAGUAGAAUCUCAAAAGAAGGUAAAGAGAAAAAUAAAGAAAAAGGAGGAGAAAAAAUCGUUGAAUCCUUGUAUAAAUAAUUCUGUGACUAGUCUGACCCCAAACACUGUCAUACUAUCGGGCGGUAAAUUAAUGCCUCUGGUAACUCCUAUGACGUCGAACAUAAUUGUAAAUACUCAGCAACAACCGACGAACCCCAUAAUCCUCGGGAACGCUCAACAGAAUCAGAUGAUCGUGAUGCAGCCUUUGACGAAUCGCGUGCAGAAUCCUGUCGUAUCAAUUUGCAAUCAAGCUGUGAUUAAUACGGUACAAAAGGUAACGUUAAACACAGUCCCUAAUAUUCGUGCAAAUAUGGUGGUAGAUUCACAGAAUUGGGCAUCUAAUGUGAAGAAUAUAAUUAACGCGACAAAGAUCGGUGGUCAUAAAGGUAUUUUACCGAAAGGUAAAGAAGUUACAAAGACUACAAUGACGUAUAAAGUUCCUAUUCCGGCAGUUCACAAGGAAAAAAUAGAAAAAUCAAAGGAACAUGCUUCUAAAAAGGAGACAGAAGUUAAAUCAAAAGUUGGAAAAAGUAACGCGAAACAUAAUAAAAAUCAGCAACCUACAGAGGCAGUAGAAGAGAAAAAUGAGAAAGAAAAAAGUAUGAAGUGUGCUGAUGAUGCAGAUGCUACACAAAAAGCUCCGGUUAAACGCCUUUCAAGUACAGAAUCUGGGCCUACCGAUGAACCCAAUGAUAAGAAACGAAAACUGAACGAAAAUAAUGAAGACAACAUAGCAAAAGUUCCCGUGUCCAAAGCAGACUUUGCUGUGACCUGUAAAUCCAUUGAAAGUUUGAAGCACGUGAUAGAAAAGAUAGGCGAGAAUACGAACGAGGGACAAGAUAAAAAUCAUGCUCUGACUCAGUUAGAAGAGAAGGAGACUGAAACGAACGUAGAAUGCCCUGUUUUGUUAUGCACUAAUGGUGUCAAUCAAGAGGAAGUUCCUGAUUCUUCAAAAUCAGAAGAUGUCUUGACAUCAGAGAAUAUUCAGUGUGGAAUGAAAGAAACUCAAGAUUCGUCGAUUUCAGACACAACAUCAUCGGUAACUUUUUCUGACGAGCAUUUAAAAUGUGGCAAUGAAGCUGUAUCAGUCUCUCCAGAAGCAGACUUCCAUAUUCCUGUAGACAGCACUCUGGAAAAAUCAAGUAACAGUGUGGAUCAGCCUAGCUCUAAAUCACCUUUAACAGAAGUUGAAGAAGUAGUACAAGAAUCUGUGGGAUCUAGGAAGAUGAAAGAAGUGUGCAAUCUUGGAGCAGAAUUCGAUAAUCUUUUACAAGCUGCAUCUAAAGAACCAGAGGUUGUUGAAGGAGCACCUAACUUAGAAAGUAAUAAGAUUAUUCUAAAUUUGGAUACAAAUACUACAACAACUUUGAAACCAGAAGCAAGUACAGCUGUUCAGACAUCAGACACCACAACACCAACAUCAUCUUUACUUCCUGUUAGUAUAGUGGAAGAUGAAUCUAAAUUAUCUAAGACAUCAAAAGAUGAAGUAUCAAAGUCGUCAUUGUCAUUUAACACAGAAAAUUCUUUUGUACCUAUUGGUAACAGGGCUGAUGGUCUUCAUUCUGAUCUUUCGAAUGAUAUAUUUGCCUCCCUUCAAGUUCCUUCUAGCUCACACAACCCAGAAUCUAUAUCUCCUACUGCAGCAUUUUUAAUGGCAUUCCCAUUGGUAUCUUCAUUGAAUGGGAAAACAGAAGUCUUGGAAGAGGAGAUGAAAGAAGACUUCAAAUACCACAGUCAGACUCCUCCUAUGCUUUUACAAAUUGGAACAAUGGAGCCCAAUAGCUUUAAACUAAAAACAUCAUCACCAUCCCAUUCAGUACCUGAAAAACGAUUAAAAGUGACUUGUGAAGAGAAGAAAAAUAUAAAUCCUCCAGUUAGUGAGGCUGUAAACUCAGAUAUGAUGGUUUCUGUGGAAUGUAACACGACUACAAAAACCUUGUCCAAGGUUGUCAGUGAGGAACCUCUUAGAGAACCCUAUAAAAUAGUUCAGAGUGUCUUGACACCAUCUUUAGAGAAGUCUGUACCUACUAGUUCCUUUUCUCACGCGACUCUAUACUCCAUUGGAAGUGCUUCAGGCACUACUUCCAUUACAAGUACUUCAGAAGCAGCAGAAGAUUGCCAGAAUCAACUCACAACGAAUCUGAGAAACACAAUUACAAAUAAUAACAAUGAAAAUGUUAGUGAGUCUCAAAUUGACACUGCCUCUAUCUCAAAUAAAACAGACCCGACUAAUUUACCAGUUCAGGCUUCGACAUGUGACACUAACGUUCGUUACAGCACCUCUCAGGACUUCUUAUCUAGCUACUCAACAAUUGUAGAGAAUAAUUUGUCCAAUUUACAACAAAAUUCAACAGCUUGUACCAAUUCAACCAUUCAAGAAACGAAUCCGACUGGCCUGAGUCAGAAUAUUGUGCCUGGUGUAUCGCAAGCACCACUGGUUCCUCAUUUAAAUAACACAAGUACUACCACAAAUUCUUCAUCGUUACCUCUACAGUCUAUGCAGAUGGAUUAUGCUCCGCAAAUAAAAGAAAAAGAAUCUCACACUUCUCGUGUCGCUUAUGGGGUUCAUAAUAAAGAUCCUAUGGUGGAUUCUAAUAUUGUACCCAAUAAUCGACUGAAUUACACUGGUCAUAUAGAUAGAGCUCUUCCCACUUCUUCUCAGAAUAUUCAACAAGAAUAUUCAAUGCAGUCUAAAAAUGCUGCAUUGCCUAUUCUUUCUUCCCAAGCCAUGCAAACUGUGUAUGAAUCACAGCCUAAAGACACUCAUGUUCUAAGUACUAGACAGAAUGCUCAUCAGAGUUACACAGUUCAUGAGAAGGAUCAUAUUAUUCAGAACACUCACAGUGACUAUACAGUGGAUCAGAAUAAGAAUAUUCCUCGAAAAGACUCUUAUCCCACUGGAAAUAGCAACACUACUACAUCUAACAGAAAUCAGAGUUACCCAUCAAAGGAUCCAAUAUCGAAUUCAUCGGAAAAUCACUUCCAACGUAAUUAUUCAAAGAUGAACAAGGAGUCUGAUUCUUCAGGUAACAACGUUGUAGAUCAGGAUACAAAAUUGAACGAUGUUUUGAGAUCAAAGCCUCAGGAACAACAAAAUCAUAGACGUGACACUAAUUAUAGUACUACGAAGAAAAUGGAUGUUGAUCCAUUUACUCAAACGUUUUCUUAUGGUGUAAAGGAGUCUAUGGGUAGUCAGACUGAGCAGAGUGCAUUGAAUCAGAGUACUGAUAAUUUAUAUCAAGGGAAAAGGGAGGACACGCAGAAUUAUUCCACUUAUUCUAAUAAGGAUUCAAAGAAAAUUAAUACUAGUUCCUCUAACAAUAUGAGCAGCAAGCCUCUCAUUCAGAAUACUCCUGUCACUCGUUACUCUCAACAAUCAACGUCCUUCGUAGCAACGUCAAACUAUGAGCAAAGUACAGUCACUGAAAACCAUGCAAAAUCAACCACUACAGUUGCUCACAAUUCUUCCAAUUUUAGCAUCUUGUCUUGGACCACUUUUUCCCCAGUUGGUGGAGGCAGCAAUAAUAACAUAGUACAGUUUGAGCAAGGGUCAAGUCAGGCAGACAAUACCGAGGCUAAAACCAUCUGUGAGAAUUAUAAUUAUGUACCUCUACACAAGGAAAAUCCAAACUUCUCUAAUGUAUUAACUAAUGACGUUUAUUCAGUAAAUUCGACUAUGGCUAACAUGGAUAAAUCGAGGAUGAAAUCUACAAUGGAACCACAGAAACAGCCUUUUGUGGAUCCCUCUAAAACCAGGAAUAUUCAGACCAAUGUUCCUCCAUCUGGUAAACAGAGUCGUAUGCAGAAUCAAAGUCAGACUUCUUCUAAUAAUAAUAAUUAUAACAAGUUCAGUACAGAGAAUAAGAAUAAAUCUAAAUAUGGCAUAGAGUCAGAGUACAUUCCAAACGAAUAUUCAGGAAUGGAGCAGCAGUCUCAGCAGCAACAGCAACAUGGACCAAAGAACCAUCAGCCUAUGGCUACAAAGCAGGAUAAGACAGUUUAUCCAAUGUCUAGCUAUGAUUCCCAAGUAAACUUUGAUUUACCAGAAGUUAGUACACAGAUGAAGUACCCUGUGGAGACUUAUGCUAGUUCGAAUUUCAAGUAUCCUGAUAAAUCGCAACAACAGGGUCAGAAUAAGUAUCAACCCUUGGUUCAGGGUCAAAUUGCUCCCCUUCAACAUGAUACUGUUACUUAUAACAAUGAUGGAAAGCAUGGACAACAACAGAGUACAACAAAGUCUAAAGCAAACCAGCAACAGCAUGCAAUUAGGGCACCUGUUAACUGGAUGAUGACACCAGAGAUCAAGCACAAUGCAAAUAUUGCUGACAUCAUUCUACCACCUAUUGGAAAAGAGCUGGAGUUCUGUCAGAAUAAUCUAUUUGCCCAAACACCAUCAUACAAUCAAGGAACGCCAAAUCAGUUCUAUAAUAACUAUGAUGUUGCAGCACAUAGUUUUCCUAAUUUACCAGUUCUGCAAAGUGAACCCAAAAGGACCUCUGAGGUGUUUUAUUCUGAGGAACAGCCUUUCCCAUGGUCUCCUACAAAGACCAGUGUUCAUGUUGAGCAGACUCAACCAGUCAAAGGCAUAGACCAGCACAUUGUUUCUUCCAGUCUUCCAACUUUAGUAGGUGAUCUGGAUUUGGGUACCAAUAUACCAGAAAAACAGAACUUCUUGUUUGGACAGGUGCCUUCGAGAGUUCCACCUGAUCAGAGCAAAGAUCCUAAUAAGGAUAAAGAAGGAACUGUCACAGGACGUGAUUUCCAUAAUGUGUUGAACAAUCAGACUGUCCAGCAUCCAGGAGCUGGAUCUUCGUUUCUUUCUGUCAGUCAGUUAGUGGAACAUGAGAAAGCAGAGAAGUCUCAUCAGCAACACCAUCAACAACAUCAUCAUCAUCACCACCAUCACCAUCAUGCUCAUCCACAUCAACAACAGCAACAGCAGCAGCAGCAACAACAGCAACAACAGGCUAGGAAACAUCAAAGAAAGAACAAUGCUAGUCCCAGAGGAACAAGUAAGAGGCAGAUGGACAUCAGAAAACAAGUUUCAGGUAAUGAUCAACUACAUCAGAGACACGAAGAGCAGAAAUCAUCUGGACAUACAUUCUCUGAACAAGGAUAUCAGCAACAACAGCAACAGCAACAACAAAAGUAUCAGCAGAAUAAUGUUCAUUGGAGGAGCAGGAAUUGCAAGAGCAAUUACACUGCAGAGGCAUUAAUAGGAACUAAUAGCAGUGUUCAUGAUACUAAUCAAGACAAGCAUGCUUCAAUUAAGUUCUCCACUAAUUAUUCUCAGAAUAAAUUCCAAACUAGUCUAGCUACUGCAGACACAGUCAUGCCUCUUAAUUAUUUCUCAAACACAGAUGAUGGAAGUGGUUAUGGACAAAUGGUUAAUCAGAACUUUAAUUCAUAUACAUAUUCUUCUAACACUAAUAUUUAUCCCACGUCGAAUUUCAUAACUAGCAUAUCAAAUACACCUACAAGCUAUAUGAUGCCAUUACACGACAACACAGAAUAUAUGGAAGCAAACGCGUUUCUCUUGCCAAACGUGUCAGUUUCUUCAACCAUCGCAUCAUCCACUACAUCUACAGUGACAACCUCUACUUCCAAUGUAAAUACCAAUGCAAAGAAUCAUCAACACUACGGGAAGCAACAGAAUUGCGACAAGAGAACGUACACCACAAAUGCGAAGAAAGGAAAGAGGAAGGGCUUAGAUGGUACCAUGCAGAACUUAGAAUUUCCUCUGUCUGGCAUUAAUUCACCUUUGGAGGAUUAUCACCAUUCUGCUACAUUUUUACCACCACCACCACCACCACAUGCUAGCCCUCUUUAUCAGAAUCAUCCACAGACAAAUGUAUACACCAAAGCAGUGAAUGGCUUGCCGCCGCCGCCGCCAUCAGUCGCUGGUCCUCAGGGUGUACCAACUGUGGCAACAGCUGGUUUUCCAAUGAAUCCAAAUAUGUCAAGGGGAGGAAUAGUAGCAAGCAACCCAAUGACCAUGAGUCAUCAUCCCUCUGGUACUAGUCUCACCAAUUUCAAUCUGAGUACCAUUUUUCCUGAGAUGAACGACAAAAUCACUGGGUACAAGCCACCAAAUGGAAUACCUCCAGGCUUGUCACAACCACCAAAUCAGUCUACAGCUUAUGCACAGAGAACCAACUACCCAACAAAUCCUCUCUGUCAUUUGCCACAGGUGUCGGAAGGAAGUCAAUUUGGUAAUAGCGUUCCUCCUCCUCCCCCACCGCCUCCUCCUGGAGUAAUUCAUUACAAGAAUGUAUGAUAAAUGUAAGUAUGAAUA